AUGGACGUAUUUUCUCUGGAGACCUCGCUAGCCCGCCCACCACUCAUAGCUGUCGCUCACUGUGCUCUUGAGUCUAAGGCUCCUGAAAGGGAGUCAUUUAGAGAAGAGUUGAAUGUUCCGAGCCCGGGCCCAGAGUUCUAUGGAGAAGCUCCCACUACUGUCGCUUCAUGGGGCGAGGACUGGAAGGGUAUAUAUUAUGCCCAGGGACAGGGAUAUGUGACCUUCAAGGAUGUGUUCAUGACCUUCUCCUGGGAGGAGUGGGGACUCCUUGAUGAGGUUCAGAGAUUCCUCUACCUUGAUGUGAUGCUGGAGAACUUUGCACUUAUGCCCACAAUUGGUGAUGGCAGAAACAGACUCUGGCCAGGACCUGUGGUCUUUGGGAUUGUGGCAAUAUAUUUCUCCCAGGAGGAGUGGGGAUUCCUUGAUGAGGCUCAGAGAUUCCUCUACUGUGAUGUGAUGCUGGAGAACUUGGCACUUUUGUCCUUGCUGGGUUGCUGCAAAGCUGACAAUGAGGAGAUGCCUUCUGAGCAAGGCGCUUCUGUCGAACUACCACAAUCCAGGACUCCAAAGCCAGAUUCUACCCAGGAAGCCCAGCCUAGUGUGGCACAUGACCCUCCCUGGAAAGACAUUCUGCUCCUGGAUGAGCACAACAGAACACACACACAAGAGAUACAUAGCAGGGAGGCUGAGCUUUACCAGUCCCCAAAGCAGGUGGAGGAGAAUCUUUCCAGAAGGGACAGUUGGAGACUUUCAGCUUUGAAAUACCACAGAGUUUAUAUGGAAGAGCUCCUCACAUGUAAGGAUGGUUGGAGGGGAUUAUCAGCCACUUCAGACCUCCUCCAGCAGCAGGUCUCCCAUUGUGGACAGAAGCCAGACUGAAAAGCUGAGAGCAGGGAAUCCCUGCUCACUAUGGGACAUAGUGAUCACGCAUGCCGUAAAUGUGGGAAAAGCUGCAGAUGCCAAUACUCGCUUAUUGAACACCAGAAAGUCCACACAUGAGAAAGGCUAUAUGAGUGCAGCAAAUGUGGGCAGUUCUUUAGGCACAUUGCUAACUCUGUGAAGCUUCAGAGGAUUCACAGUGGCGAUAUGACUUAUGAGUGUAGAGAGUGUGGGAAAUCCGUUAUGUACAACUAUAGACCCAUAAGACAUAAGAGGGUUCACAGCAGAGAAAGGCCUUAUGAGUGUGAUUUGGGGAAAUUCUUUAAGUGCUCCACGUACUUUAGACAUCCGAGAGUUCACACUGGCCAAAGGCCUUACAAGUGUGCAGAACAUGGGAAAUUCUUUAAGUAUAAUUCCACACUCAUUAGACACAGAUUUCACACAGGUGAAAGGCCUUAUGAGUGCAGACGAUGUGGGGAAUUCUUUAGGUACAAUUCCAACCUCAUUAAACACUGGCAAAAUCACACUGGAGAACAGCCUUAUACAUGCAGUGCAUGUGGAAAAUCCUUUAAGUAUCACUGCAGACUCAUUAGACAUCAAAGAGUUCACACUGGAGAAAGACCCUCUGAAUGCAGUCAGUGUAGGAAAGCUUUUAGCCACAAACAUAUCCUUGUUGAGCACCAGAAAAUCCACACUGCAAGAUCUUAUGAGUGCCGUGAAUUGGCAUUUGUUAGAAAGUCUUACCUGGUUCAUCACUGGAAUGUUCACAGUGAAGAGAGGCUGAGUUCCAUGAAGAACACUUGGUCUGCAUUUCCCACCUCAUUAAGCAUCAGAGAUUUCACAAUGGAGCAAAUUUAUCACUGACCAUUUUGGUUGUACAGUUAAUAUUGUAUAAAUUUGCUUUUUAUUUGUUUUGUUUUUGAGGUAGGGUCUCACACUAGCUCAGGCUGACAUGGAAUCCACUAUGUAGCCUCAGGGUGGCCUUGAAUGCACUGUGCUCCUCCUACCUCUGCCUCCCGAGUGCUGGCAUUAAAGGCGUGCGCCACCAUGCCUGGCACUCAAAUUUUUUCUUCUCAUCCACAGGUUGCUUUCUUCUUGUCUGGGUCCUUUGAUAAAGUUUUUAGUUUAUAUGUAGUCCUGUUUUUCUAUGUUUACCCAUGCUUUUGAGGGUAUUGCCAAGAAAUGAUCAAACCCAAAGCUACGAAGCAUCUUCCUUAUGUGUUUGAGGCUCCUCCCUUUGUAACUUCUUUUUCCUUGUGAGGAAGGAUCCUUUUAUGUUGCCCUGAAUGUCUCUGAACUUAUGGACUCAAGAAAUCUUCCUGCCUCAGCCUCCAGCGUAGCAGAGUACACAAGCGUGUGCCACUGUAACUGGCCUGGAUUUGUUUCUAUUUCAGACGGUAGAACCAACCCAACUUCAUGCUGUUGACUAGCUUUUUAAAUACCAUGUGUUGGGCUGGAGAGAUGGCUUAGCAGUUAAGUGCUUGCCUGUGAAGCCUAAGGACCCCGGUUCAAGGCUCGGUUCCCCAGGUCCCACGUUAGCCAGAUGCACAAGGGGGCGCACGCGU